AUGUGUGGGAUGACUGAUUCAGAAAAUCGUCGUUAUGUUCCCAGACCAUUUAUGAGACAAAAUUGUAGUGGAGAAAUUUCUAAGGUACUUGCAUGUGCAAUGCCUUUGGUUGAUGAAAGCGCUUGCUGCUUGAUUAAAGAGGUGCCUUCUCAAUGUCUUUACCUUUGCGAUCAUCAACAAAAGGCACCUAAUUUAAUGCCCUCACUUUGCUUAGACUAUGUUGCUACAGCUGAGCAAUGCCGUCUUUCUGGAAUUCAAAACAGGCCAAGUGUUGUCCGCAACCUGAAAGCACAAAUUACUCAAGAAAAUAAUUUAUUAUCAACUUCAAUUUCUCUUUUAAUUAAUUAUGACAAUUCUGAGAGAGCUGAUAUAUAUUAUAUUUAUUGGCGUUCAGAAGGGGGGUUUUGGCAGCACAGAUCUUCAAAUGGAACAUCAAAAAAAUUAAUUUUAGCCUCUUCUGUUAAUGAAUUAGUUGUUGUUGCGGCUAAUGCUUUUGGUUUCUCACAACCUUCACAGCUUUUUCUAAGAGAAGGAAAAUGGGUAAAAAUAUAAA